CUUACAGACACUCUUCAUUUGCUUUCUCUUUUCCCGAGCACUUGGCUAAUUAGCAAGAAACCCUACGUCGAUCUAAGUCUAUCUUUUUGCCAUUGAAGGAAUGGAGAGCUUGAAUGGUGUUGUUGCCGUGGAAGGAACAACCAACCAGACAAUCCCAUUGCCACCAUUGAUGAAUGGGCUGAAUCAGAUCGCCAUCCCUAACCAGCAGGGAAUUGCUGCAUUCAUGGAGAAUCGAUCAAACCCAGCUAGCCAUCAUCAACCAAGUCAGGGAACACUCCCUCCAACUGGCAAUGGAGCCAACAAGAAGCAAGUGAGCGGCCGGGCUAUUGCAAACAAGGAAUAUUUACGAAAUUAUCGCCUCAAGAAGAUCACUGUCACGAUGCAAAUGGAAGCAGAAUUGAAGGCCCUCCAAGAUGAAAUAGCGGCCAUCGCUCCAAGAAUAAAAAACAUUGAUCAUCAGAAUGGGCAGCUCAAGGUCGAGAAUGACUCCGUGAAGGAAAAGAUCUCUUCAUAUAUGACGGAGCUCGUGACUAGAGAAGCUAAAUACGAAGAGCUGAGGCAAGAACGGGACGUGCUUAAGCAGAUCUACGACGAGAUACAUGGCCCACCAGAACAGCAGGAGUCUUCAAUGAAAAAUCUCGCCGACCCCAAAAUGAUGUUUCUACUCGAUCAAGACAUAUUCUAAUUAGAAUAUGGCUCUGCUAGCUAUGGGAAGGAUCUGUUUCUGGAGAUCUCCAAGCUCUAAGACAAAUCUAUGCACUCUCUAUACUAUGUUUGAAGCUCUAGCUAGCAGCAUGUAUUGAAGUUGCUUUAAUAUUGUAUCUCUUUAUAAGGUCUCUUUUCGGUUAUAAGGGAGACUUAUAACCUAAUAUAAUAAAAUAGAAAUAUUAAAUAUCUAAUAAAGGGAUAUGAAUAGUCGCAGUUGAGUAUCGAAUUUUGAACAUCUUAAUUAUUUU